AUGUCAUUAGGAUCAUUGUACAAACUAUUACACGAAGAUAAUUUAGUAUUAACAUGGCCUGAACGAUUAUCCAUUGCUUUUCAAACAUCUAACGGAAUCAAUUAUUUACAUCAAUUAUCAGAACCUCUCUUACAUCGUGACAUAAAAUCGUUGAAUUUCUUGAUAGAAAGAGCUUAUGAAGGAUAUACUGUCAAAGUAUGUGAUUUUGGUUUGACUCGUACACGAAACGAAACGACACGUCAAUCAAAAUCCGAUUCUACACUGACUUGUACACUACCAUGGGCUGCUCCUGAAAUAUUACGUUUGGAAUGUCACACAGAUAAGAGUGAUAUCUAUAGUCUGGGAGUAGUUUUUUGGGAACUAGCUACAUAUGAAAUCCCUUAUUAUGAGUAUCCAGAUGAUGUCAUUCGUGCAUCUGUGCUUGCUGGUGACCGUUUGAAGAUACCAGAUAGUACACCAUCGGUUUUUCGUGAGCUUAUCAAGAAAUGUUGGGCCCAAAACCCAAACGACCGACCCAAUAGCUCUGAUCUGGUCGAAAUAAUUGAAAAACUUAUUCAAGUUCGAGGUAAUUCCGUUCUAUUUUUGCUUUACUUUGAUGAACCAUGA